GUUGAGUGUGUUUAAAUCAGUCUGUUUUACCCGUCAGUGUUCCGCCAUGGAGGAGAACCCGCCUCUAGAAGAGAAGAGAAAAGGAAAGUAGCAGUGACAAAGUGUAAACGAUAGGAGAAAGAAGACAAGGAAAAGAAGGGAAGGAGAAAGAAAAGCAGCACUCCCUCGUCUGUUCGCUUUUCUCACACACUUCCUCACCUCCCCCUGUCUGUCUGUCUCUCUCUCUCUCAUUCCCUGCCCUUCACUCACUCACCCACUCGCUCCCUCUGUCUCUCCGUCGUUCACUUGAAGAACAGAAAGACAACAUGAAGGAAAAGGAAGGACACUUCUUCACCGGGCGCAUCGGAGUCGAGUGAAAGUUUGCUCGGAGGAUAGAGGAAGAAGCAGGAGGACGUGGACGGGAAGGAAACGCGCAAUACAAAGUGCAAUGAAACGAGCAUAUGGAGUCGUAAACUGUAACCGAGUGUAACACCGUGUAACACAGUGUAACGAGUUCGCCUGCUCGUUAAUGUGUGACUCAGAAGCUAAGCGACUUUCGCACGCGCGCGCUCGAGCCUCCAGUGUGUGUUUCUCCCUGCUCUCGGUCUCUCUCUGAAGUUCGCGCGGUCAUCACCGGAGUCGGAAACUCGCAUCAGGUUCCACACUGAGAAGCGUGCGCGCGCGCGUGUGUGUGUGUGUGUGUGUGGAGAGGAAGGGGGUACCCGAUUGAGGAAGAGUGUGUGCCUGGACUGUGGACCGGAGGACAAGGCUGUUGUUGCAGCCAUGGCCGGGGCGAAACCGGGAGUGCACGCGCUCCAGCUCAAACCGGUCUCGGUGCACGAAACGCUCAAAGCGGGAAGCAAGUUUAUCAAAUGGGACGAGGAACCGAACAGUGGUCAGUCCACGCUGGUGACCCUGAAAGUGGACCCUGAGGGAUUCUUCCUCUACUGGUCUAGUGGAUCAAGCAUGGAGACCGAGAUUGUGGACAUCAGCCAUAUCAGAGACACCAGAACGGGGAAGUUUGCCAAGAUACCAAAGGAUUCACGUGUGCGUGAAUUGCUUGGCUGUGUAAGAGGAGAGGCCUAUGCUGAGGCUAAUGCUGAGGCUAAGUUAUUAACAGUUGUCUACGGCAACGACUUAGUCAACAUCUCCUUCCUUAACUUCCAGGCCAUGCAUGAGGACGUUGCCAAGGUGUGGACUAAUGAGCUGUUUAAACUUGCCACAAACAUACUGUCCCAAAACGCCUCCCGCAACACCUUCUUACUUAAGGCAUACACCAAGCUAACACUGCAGGUCAACCAAGAUGGAAAAAUCCCACUAAAGAAUUUUUUAAAGAUGUUUUCUGACAAGAAGCGAGUGGAGUCAGCGUUGGAGCAGAGCGGCCUUAUGGCUAACAGGGGAGACGGGAUUAAGUUGGAGGAGUUCACCUGGGAAAAGUUCCAGAGCUUCCUGACCUUCCUGUGCCUGAGACCUGAGAUCGAACAUAUCUUAAUGCAGCUUGGCUCUAAAGGGAAGCCGUUUCUAUCCCUGGAUCAGAUGUUGGAUUUCAUCAACCGUAAGCAAAGGGAUUCACGGCUGAAUGAGGUGCUUUACCCACCCCUCAAGCGAGAGCAGGUACGACAGCUGAUGGAAAAAUACGAGACUAACGCCCGACAGUUGGAAAGAGACCAGAUCUCUCUUAUGAGUUUCAGUAAAUAUCUGGGAGGAGAGGAAAAUGCUGUGGUUCCCUCAGAGAGGUUCGACAUCAUGGACGAUAUGAACCAGCCGCUGUCUCAUUAUUUUAUCAACUCUUCACAUAACACGUACCUCACAAUGGGUCAGUUAACAGGUCUAUCCUCAGUGGAAAUGUACAGACAGGUUUUGCUCACCGGUUGCCGCUGUAUCGAGCUGGACUGCUGGAAAGGUCGUCCAACUGAUGAAGAGCCCAUUAUCACACACGGCUUCACCAUGACAACUGAAAUCCCCUUCAAGGAGGUGAUUGAAGCCAUUGCUGAAAGUGCCUUUAAAACCUCCCCUUACCCCCUUAUCCUCUCCUUCGAGAAUCACGUUGACUCCGCAAGGCAGCAGGCUAAGAUGGCAGAAUACUGUCGUUCCAUAUUUGGUGAUGCAUUGCUCAUCGAACCUUUAGAGAAGUACCCGCUGGUCCCAGGUCAGCCACUGCCCAGCCCUCAGGAGUUGCUCGGGAAAAUCCUGAUAAAGAACAAGAAAAAACAUCACCGUCGCACGGCUAACGGAGGCAGCAUCAGAUAUAAGGAGGGAGCAGACGAGCAGGCCUCGUCUCUCAACGAUUUGUCUUUAGAUGCUCCAUUGCCUGAAGGGGAAACAAGCCAGAUCAUAUCCAAUGAGAGUGAGAAGCUUACAGAGAGGAUGAGCAAAGACGUUGACAUGCGGAAGUCCGUUGAUCGGGGUGAUGGAGAGAGUGAGGAAGAGGAAGAGGAAGAGCUAGUGACGGACCCCAAAAAGCACCAUUCAGAUGAGGGAACGGCAUAUAGUGAAGUCACAGCUACAGAAGAGAUGUCCACUCUGGUCAACUACAUUGAGCCAGUUAAAUUCAAAACCUUCGACGUGGCAGUCAAAAGAAACAAGUAUUUUGAAAUGUCAUCCUUUGUGGAGACCAAAGGCAUGGACACACUAAAGAGUUCCCCUAUUGAAUUUGUGGAAUACAAUAAGAAGCAGUUGAGUCGGAUCUAUCCCAAAGGCACUCGUGUGGACUCCAGUAACUACAUGCCACAGCUGUUCUGGAACGUAGGCUGCCAGAUGGCGGCGCUAAACUUCCAGACUCUUGAUCUGCCCAUGCAGUUAAACAUGGGUGUGUUUGAGUAUAACGGACGCAGUGGCUACCUACUCAAGCCUGAGUUCAUGAGGCGCACAGACAAACACUUUGACCCCUUCACUGAGAGCAUAAUGGAUGGUAUUGUGGCUAAUACAGUCAAGAUCAAGAUUUUGUCUGGUCAGUUUCUGACUGAUAAGAAAGUGGGUGUGUACGUUGAAGUAGACAUGUUCGGACUUCCUACUGACACCAAGAGGAAAUACCGCACCAAAACCUCCAAUAACAACUCGAUGGACCCAAUCUGGGAAGAAGACCCUUUCGUUUUUAUCAAGGUAGUGUUGCCCACACUAGCAUCACUAAGAGUAGCUGUCUUUGAGGAGAAUGGGAAGUUCAUAGGCCAUCGAAUCUUACCAGUGGUGGCUUUACGUCCAGGGUACCAUUACAUAAAUUUAAAAAAUGAGCUAAAUCAGCCACUCCUGCUUCCCUCUCUCCUUGUAUACACUGAAGUUCAAGACUACAUUCCCAAUGAGCACCAAGAGUAUGCUGAGGCCCUGACCAAUCCAAUCAAACAUGUGUUGGAUCAGAGAGAGAGGCAGCUGGCUGUGUUUAUGGAGGACAAUGAGGUCAGUAAGCGAGUCCAAGUGAAGCCUGAUGAAGGAGAGAAACUAGAAUUCAGCAGCAAUGUAGCUAAUGUUGAUUACACAGCAAAUUUGCCCUCACCGACUCUGCCACCUUUGGUAGCUGAGGUACUGACUCCUCAAGCCCCGAAAGAAGACCUUAUCACCAAUAUACUAACAGUGAUUGUGCCCGAGUCUAUUGAAGAGCUGAAGCAAGACAAGGCCUAUGUGAAGUUGCUAAAGAAACAGUGCAAAGAACUAAAAGAGCUCCGUAAGAAGCACCUCAAAAAGGUGUGGACCCUCAGUAAGGAGCAGAAGACGAGAUGUAACCAGCUGAACUCGGACAUCCAGAGACGCAAGAGUCAAGUGGAGAAAAAACUGCGGCUCAGUGUGAAGAAAAAUGAGCCUGAGGAGCCUGUGAGAACUGAGCUGAGUGCUCUAGCAAGAGAGCUGGAGAAGCAGACAGUGCAGCUGAGAGAGUGGCAGAUGCAGGAGCUGCUUGAACUGCGAAAGAAACAGCACCUAUUGGAGAGAGAAAAGAAGUAUGCUCAUCUUGAAGAGUCAUUUAAGAAAUUAAAAGUAGUUGCUGAGGAAUGCCAGACAGCCCAGAUUAAGAAACUCAAGGACACCUGUGACAAAGAGAAGAAAGAGUUACAGAAGAUCUUAGACAGAAAAAGGCAGAACAGCAUCAUUGAGGCCAAGAAGGGGGAUAAAGAAAAAGCUGAGUUGGAAGUGAACGAGAUAAAUAAAAAACAUAUCCAGGAUUCUGUGAGCUCGCUGCGCAAGUUGGAUGAAGCUCAGGAAAAACGGCAAGAGAAGCUAAAGAAUCAGCAGAAAGACAUAUUGCAGAAAAUAAGCGAGGAGCAACCACUGCACCAGCUUCGUUUGGAGCGUGAAUGUGAAGCCGAGCUCGAGCGAUUGCCCGACGAGAUUUUCCGCUACCUUCAGGGCGAGCUAGAGAGCAAAGGCCUGCGCUGCGAUGCUCUGUUCAGCCAACUGCCCAACCAUGAAAGUGCAGGAUCAGGCCCACCUUCCAACUGCAGCACGCCUCGUUUUAACUCACCAAAUCACAUGUCGAGCCUGGACAACAGCACGGCCUCGCUCGACAACUCCUCGUCGUCCAGCACCGUCACGUCCGAAUCGGAGCUCACGGCCGUCUAACUCCUUCCUUAUCACUCUGUCCUGCAUUGCCAUUUUUUUCACUGGAUUAUGGUGAUCGAAGUAGUAUUACUGAAAGGUGUAUAAAUGUUUUUAAAGGAUUUCAGUAAUGUUUUAUCUCACAUACCCCAUUUUAAAGUCUUUUUUUUUAUAUUAUUAUUCUCUUGUUUUUUCUUUUAACCAAAGUUUUCUUGGAUAAAAUACCCAUAUCUGUGUUAAGCACUUGUGGAAUGGAGGGAUUUUUUUUUUUAAACAACAAAGAGACUCUAUUUAUUUCUGUGGUAUGAUAUGAGGCAGACGGGAGGUUAAACUGUAGUGCUCUGCAUUGUCCUGCAGGUGGCAGUGUGGCUUUAGGUGGUAGACUGGUGAGUUUAGUAACUCGGUGAUAUAAGCGCAAGGCAUAAUUUGAAUGGUACUUGUUUACAAAAUAAUGCACAGAUGGGCAAUCCUAUAAGCCAGGCUAUCAUCUCUUCUCCCUAUGGGACUGUAAAGCUGAUUCCCAUUGCAUAUUUCUGCUGCAUCCGAAACAUCAGCGUAAUUAAUAUUGUGUGUGUGUGUGUGUUGGGGAGGCAAAUUAUUUUUUUUUGCAUAGGUUUCCUCUCCCCUGCCCUAUCUUCCACUAUCACUCCAUACAUACAUGCCCCUCUCUGCAGUGUGUGGUAUGGUUUAAUCUAAUCCCUGCUCUAAUUCUGUGUGUAAUUGGUGCACCAAUCCCAUGCACUGCAUUCUGAAAACCACUACUGUUCAGGAAACUGGACAUGGUUUUUGUUGUUCGUCAACCGAUCGCACAUUUGACCUACUAUAUCCUGCCGCUCGGUUUAAUGGAAUGUGAAGCUAAAUGUGCGUGUGGUAUCAGGGGUCGGGUGUAGCCAGAAUGUGUUACCGAAUAUACAUGAAUGUCAACUCGUUUAGUAAAUAUUUGUAGAAUAUUUUAAAAGGUUUACGUUUUAGGUUGGGUCUCGAAUAGAUUUUUUGUUUUUACCCUCCAGAUCUGUUAGUUUCUCUUCAUCAUGCUUUUCUGCUUCUCACUGGCAAUUCAAGGAGGCUCCAGAGAGAGAGAGAGCAGGUCAGAUUUCCUCAUUGGUCUCUAUCAGUAAGGGCCAAAUGACUUAUUAGAAUUGCACUAUUUGAUGGAAUGGGGUUGUUGACCACGAAUAGAAAGAAAAAUAACCCAACAGGCUACAGAAACCCCAGUGCAGAAAGAACAAAAUAUAGCAGCUUCAACAAGGGCGUGUUUUAGAAAAACGAGGUAUACGUCGAUCUGACAUAGGGCUGAUACUAAAACUGUGGACUGGUAUUGAAUAUUAUUUGAGAUCCCUUUUUAAAGUCUGUUCCACUCAUGUUUAUGUGCUCCUUUAUGCCCUGGUAUUAUUACUAUCAGGAGAAUCAGCUUGGUUAGUUGAUGCAUACAUGCAUCUGACUAGUUAUACAAAUGAAAAGUGAAAAAUAAAAAUAGGACAGUUGCAUAACCUUUGCCAAUUUCAGCUAGUAAAAAAUUUUUCAUACAUAAUUUGGAAGAAUGAACUCGAUCUCUAGUCUGUAUUACGCACAUAUUUUGUAAUUGCAUAGCAAAGCAAAAAAAUUUGGACCUUUUCAGUUUUCAACCUGUUAAUGCACCCUCAUUCCUCCAUGGUUUCCUUUUAUCCUCAGUGAUUUUUCUCUUGGUUAGCAGGGACCUGUGGAUGUGUUCUGACUCAUGAACACAUGACCAAGUUCCAGUGAGCUGUCGAGUCUGACAUUUCCUCUCAAUUCACUGUAGCAAAGGCAAAAACAUGCUGCCACAUUGCUUUUUAAUAACAAUCUGAUAAGCUCCUGUAACACAGUGACACGCUGACGGAGCUCUCACUCUCUCUCUCACACACACACACAUACCUCAUUAUGAGAGAAAGAUCAGACAUUACACCAUGUGUGAUUCUAAAAGGUAAUGUGCGCAGUUGGUGUUAGUAGCUAUUACCUGGUCCGUUUGAUCGGGAUGGUGGAUUAUUGUUGAGGAAAUAAUGAGGCCGUAGGCAAAGCAGCACUGCUAUUCUCUGCAGAGUUGGGAUGGUGCAGGCAUUACCGGCUCACACCGAGAGGGGUAGACUGAGAUUUUUGUCUCAGCUUGGUGUAAAUUUAGAAGAAUAUAGGGUGUACACUGCUGUGUGUGUGUGUGUGUGUCUGUGUAAGUGUUUGUUAGAGAAUGUAUGAGGAUGCAGUGGAUCACUUGAGCUCUACAGAGCACCUGAGGUCUUUAUCAUGUUAGUGUUUAAAGCUUUAAAAUUUUAAAUAGGAGCAAUGGUACUUAUUGUAAAGUGCUGUCUGAUGAUGUACGACAAGGAUCACCUUUAUACAAUAAUACAAAGAAACAAAAAAGAUUUGUUUGUGUGAUAUGGUUUAGACAUGCCUCAUUAUGUCCAAAUUGUAAACUAUCAAUAAUAACAUUGUGUCAGAAUCAUGUUAAUCAGACUUAAGUAGUUUUAUGUGUAUUCUACUACUGAUUAGAGUUGAAGGUCAAGUCAGCUUUGAGUGUGUUCUUGUACACGUGUGAUUCAAAACUUUAGUGGAUGCAAAAGAUUAUAGACAUCUAUAGAUUUGUCUUUGAGUUUACACCCACACAAUGAACAUCUCCUCAAUCUGUCAUCUGCUGCCUGUCUGUCUGUCUAUAUGCAGGAAAAAACACCUCGUUAUGAGCACUCGAGCAUGCUGAUUAAACUGUUUUGGUUAUUUCACGCAUUUUAUCUCAAGUCAUGUAUGGCACAGCUGAUACUCCUCCUCUAAGCGAGGACCUAACUUCACCUCACCUCUGUAUUAACUAUGCUAGAGACACUAAAGUGAGCAUGAGUUUCCUACAAAGUAAUUUUUUUUAAUAUUUUAUGACUGUUUCCUAAAAUAAUUCAUACAUCUUCACAUAUUUACCCAUGUCCUAAUUGGUGCACUUUCAUUUCCAUUUGUUUUUGUUUGUACACUUAUGUAUUAGAAAGAUAUAUCAAGCAGAUUUUUUUAUAUCAAGCCUUUAGAUCCAGGUACAGUAGCCAGUAAAAGUUAUAAUAAAUGUUUAAACUUGAAAUUUGCCCACUGAUUACUUUGUGUUGAAGAGAGAGUGUGGGGGUGAGGGGGAGGGGUCAAGUAAUACUGUGGCAUUAAACAAGUUUAGAGCCAUAGCACAUUCAGUGUGUAUGGUGAAUAUAAACACUUUAGCCAAGGGCUAAUUUUAUUUCGCCUCAAGUCACAGCUUUAACCCAAGUAUAUGUGGUAUUUGUCUUUCUGUCUCUCUGCUUUUGCUCGCUCCGUCCAUAAUUGUCUUUCUGUAUCUUUCUUACUGAAACACUGUAUGUAGAGAAAAGUACUGCUCUGCCUUGUGAAAGGGAAAAUCAUUACUUUGGAUGUAAUUUUUAUUGCUUCGACAAAUGAUACACUUAACUGUACAUUCAAUAAAUACCGAAUUUUGUCAAGA